AUGUUGCUGAUAUUCCGACUAUUUAUGGAGCAGUUAUGGCCAGACCUGAGGCCUGCGGAUCUGGCUGUCCUAGCUCGUGUUUCACGAGAUUUUAACGAUCUAGUCAAUCCCUACCUUUACCACACCGUACGCUUCCAUAGCCCCGGAACUAUCAAUGUACACGACAACUUGUUGUUGAAGUUGGAUACCUUUGGAGACCCGCGAUUCUCCAAGAUGGGGUAUAUCAAGCGAGUGAUUGUCUCGGGGACAUGGUAUGAGACAUAUGCUAGCAUCGACUCGCAUCUUGCGCCUCACAAGAUUCUCUCUCCGGCGGCAAGGAUGCUCAGCGCCAUCCUCUGUAGCUGCGUUGCCCGCAUGCCAAAUCUGGAGGAAUUCAUUUGGGACAUGCAGGUCUCAAUGACCCAGCAUCUGGUCUCGAAUCUUGUCUUGCAGCCGAUGCUGCGGGCCCUGCAUCUUCGCAUGGGCACCGACUGCACGCCGAAACCCUUCUUCCGCCCACCGCUGAAGAUGAAUCUCUCUGUUCAUCUGAACGCCCUGUCCCUCAUUCAGAUCGACGAUAUCGAAGUGAUGAAAUCCGUAGGUAGCGCAAUCUCUAGCGCCACGAACCUAGCCCACCUUUCCAUCUGGGCGGAUGAUAACUCCGAGCUCAGCCUCAGCUCCCUAUUCGAGAGCUGGCCCAUGCAGCUUCCGUCGCAGCUCCACCUGCUCGACCUGCGAGGGUUUGCCGCGCUAGGGGUCACGCCGACUGAUUUCUGGGCCACGAUGCGACCGGCCAAACUCAGGGAGGUGACCCUGGAACUCGGCGGGCGCUCUCCGGUCACCUCCUUUCAGGAUUUCUGGGACGCCGGUUUGGAGGCAGGGCUACGGCCAGUCCACCUGACUACCAACAUCGCUGACGACACCAUCGAGACCUUUCUGCGCUCCUUCAGUGGUCUGGAGGUAUUCCAUGUCUCCCCUUCGAAGAUCCCAGGUCGUACGGCUGCCUCCGUGUCCCUUCUGGACGCGCUGGAGAAGCAGCAUUCGACCACGCUGAGAGUGCUGGGUCUGAACCUGCUCUGCCAUGAGACGCGACCUUGCUCCUGCGUGGCGAUGCUGCAUCUCAUCGCCCACUCACUUCCCCUUCUAGAAGAACUUCGCAUUCAACAAAACAAGAUCGACACGCAAGCCAUCAAGGCCGCUUUAACCGUACCCAGAUUGCGAGUCCUCUACAUCGACCGAGGCGACGACGUCCUUGCAACUACGCAGUUCCUAUCCAUUGCGGAAUAUUUCCUCGGUGACGGCUACGCGAACCAGUUGAAAUACAUUGCCUUCGACGGUGGCCCCGCACAUAAAUACCUGAGACGAGCCAGACGGUUUUCGAACGGGGUGUGUCUCGUGGGAUAUCUUCCGGACACCACCCUUCUCCAUGAAAAGAACUUCGACUGGGUCCGGAUACCUUAUUGAGUUCAUUGCCCUCCCGCAUGCAAUCGGUCCAUAUCUGGCUAGUGUUUAUGGAACCAUGAUAAGAGUUUUCAAUCACCGGUAGUCGGGAUAUAAUUUCCGCAAAUACUGCUGCAGAUUCUUUAGGCGUUGGGUUUCUCAGGCCACCUUUUUCUUUUGGGCUUUCUCGCUUUUCCAUACGAUCCCCAGACAAUGUAGCCUAGGCUGAACAAUUCUACUUGGUGUAUGGAAUAUCAGGAGCAUUUUGGAAUGUAUAGUAAAUAGUAUUAUGUUUUACCACAUUCAG